GGUGUGCAUACUGCUGGGAAGACAGACGCACAAGUGAAAGGGUGAUGGCAAGGAGUGGAGGUGAUUUUCAGUGAUCUUUAACAAAUGGCUCUGUCCGAGGUGCACAAUUUGGCUGCAAUUAUCGGCAACAAUGGUUUUACUGUUAACAAGAAUAACAUGGUUGAACGUAACAUCAGCAUGUUGGAACCAAGAAAUAAUUAUCCAACUGACCGCUGCAACACAGAAUAUAAUUAUUGGAACUAUGACUUAAUGGAAUAUAAUGCACAAAAAAAUAUGAAUAUAGAAGAUGAAGACAGUCAGGAUUUAAAUAAUCCUAUGGUCAAUGAUUUAGUCUCAAAAAUUCUUGAUGACGAUUCGAUUGUUAGUGACAAUGCUCACAGUAAUAGUUAUAAUGGCAAUAUUCAAUAUCAUCCAGAAACACAUCCAUCUUCUAUCAUGGCGAGUAAAAUGGAGAAUAAUACAGACCUCAAUCUUACAACCAUAGAUCAUUUUAAUAUUCAUUCUACGUUCAGUAAAUUACAAAACAGUGUUUCUAACAAUACUAAACUCAAAAGUCAUUAUAACAAUCUUUGCGGAGAACUCAAAACAUUGAAUUUAAACACAUGUGCAGGACAAGUUCCAGAUCAAGAGAAUUUAUAUAGUAACGGAGUCAAUGCAUAUCCAAAUAUAUACCCAUCUGACUCACAGUCGUAUAUAUUACGUCCAAACGAUGAAAAUUCCUGUAUUAGCGGAAAUCCUAUGCCUCUGUGCAAUGACUUGUUAACAAUAACAAACGAGACCGAUUUAAGUAAACAAUCCGCUAACUGGUCGGAAAAUUUAUCUACCGUAGGAUGUACAUCAGAUUUAUUUGGAAAUUAUCAACAAAUACAAAAUUGCACAAACCCAGACCUUAACUUCAAUAUGGCUCUAACAUUGGCAUUAGAUUUCCCUGAUCAAAUUCCUCUUAAUGAACUGGAGUAUCAUAAUAAUAUUGGGCAAAAUGGAACCACCAAUACUUAUAAUAAUCCACCUACAGCUGCUAUGCAUGAAUUGUAUAGCAUGACUGCCAGUAAUCAGAGUUACAGACCAAGUUCGGCAAUGACUGAUCUGAGUAUCGAUUCGGGCUUUCUGUCGAAUUCUCCAUUGCAACAUUUUUCCCCAGCUGACACAAAUUUGCACAAUUGUUUUGGGAAUAAUGUACAACGCAGUUCCGCCGGCGACUAUAAAGAUUUACAAGACUCGGGUAGAUUAAGCAUGGCAAAUAUCUCCAUACCUAACGAACAAUUUCAAUUUUUGCAACACGCUCGUAGUUACAAAUUGGAUCAAGCUGUGGACCAAGAAUAUAAACAACUGAUCGACUAUUAUCCAGGUGUGAAUGAAUUCACCACAACGUCGAUCAAUAGCUUAGACACGAAUGAAAACUGUCUUUUGAAUAACGAGUAUAGAAUCGAGAACAAUUUAUUGAAAAUCAUAAGUCCAAAAGCUAAGACUAUCGAAACUAAGACAUACUCGCCAAUUGGAUUUCCGAAAAAUUUAAGUUCACGACACACGCAUCAGUCAAUUGCGAAAUAUGGAUACCACAAUUAUCAACAUUACACUGCCAAUAACGGCGAGACUUUGAAAAUGUUACCACACAGUUCCACAUCGUAUCAUGAUUUGAAGCAGCCUAAUAAUACUAAUACAUACAAAAUGGAAGGCUUAGAUCUUACCAAGGAAAUAGCAUUUCCUUCUGUGAGUCAUUUGACCAAUCAAAUAGCAGGGUCCUCAAUGAACAAAGAUACUUUUAAUUAUAUUGUAAAACAACGACAUCAUAUGCCAAGAAUACAAAAUACCGCGGGCAUUUCGUCAGCCGAUGUACUGUUCAAUUCAGGAAUGGUACCGAAUCCGAUUGCAGUCCGAUCUGGAGUAUUUCCAUCCGUGAGGCCAGUUCCUGUACCACUUCCAGUUCCACGUCUAUUUUCUGUACUUUACGGUGGAGGUUUAAGUCUUAGAAAUGGAAGUGGAGCGGCUAGACGUACAGCACCAUCGAGUAUACUACACUUUAGACUGGAGCAAACCUACAAACAGUUUAAACAAUUGGAAAAGGAACGAAAGAAAUGCGAAGCUGGACUGGCCGCUCAUUUUCCUGGCAAAAGAGUAACGAGCGCAAACAACAUACCCAUUCCUCGCCUACAAGGAAACCCAUCACGUGUAGAUCGUUUGAUUAUUGACUAUUUGAGGGAACAUGCACGUGUUAUAACUUUGAUUGCGAAGAUGGAACGACUGCGAGGGACCACAAUGAAUCAACGCGUACACAAAGCUAUGGAAUAUUGGCUGGAAGCAAUCAAAUUUGUUCAAGAAUGUCGUAAACGAGAAAUCGCCAACGCAACUAAACGUCAAAAGGAAAAUCCACCAUGCAAUCUUGUAUAUAAUGACAACGAUAUACUAACAUUGGCUGCCAGCGUCUACGAAUUGACAAAGGCAUCUCGGUACGCAAGAACUGGUAUGUAUAACGCAUUACAAGCAACGCUGCUCUAUGACUUGGACAUCGAGAAAAAGGUUAUCGAAACCUCGAAGGAUCCAGUCCUCGAAAUGAAACGUAAUGAAAGUCAGGUAGGAACCGAGGUCGGCGACUAUUCGAAAUGUACCUAGCAAUAUUUCGAAAGCCGCUUCACCUCUUCGCGCAACGAAACAUAGGUCGUGUCCAGCGGCUUUUCACUCGCGUAUUCCACGUUACGUUACGGAAAAACAAGCUUUUGCUGGCGUUUUAUCAAUAAUUUUAUCGCUGAAUGGAAAAAAAGAGAACACAAUGCCGCCCACUAAUCGCGAAACUUCAGAGCAUUAUAUACGGAAAAAGUACGCGUGCUCACGCCGAAAUAGGAA